CUGUGAGACUUUGACUAAUACAUACAACUUGUUGAAUUAAACAUUAAUCUGAACCAAAAAACACUCCACGUACAAAUUGUAUUAUGUUUGCACUUCCUAAAUAUUGACUGAGUUUGAAUUUGAUAAUAUCAUUAAAUACAUCUUCUAAUGUCAUUCCUUUGCAUUAUCUAUUCUUGUUGGCUUAAUUAUGGACAGAAGUUUCAUUCUUCUCUUUUUCAUUCUACUACAUAACAAUAUUUUACAUGCUACUGUUCCUAAUAUUAGCAGUGAUGAAGCUGCUCUUCUUGCACUUAAAUCACACAUUUCUAACAAUAUCAUAGCAACAAACUGGUCUUCUUCCGUCCCCGUUUGCAGCUGGAUUGGAAUCACUUGCAGCUCCCGUCACCAUCGAGUCACUGCUUUAGACAUUUCAAGCAUGCAACUUCAUGGUACCAUUCCUCCACACCUCGGGAACCUCUCAUUUCUUUCUUCCCUUGACAUCAGUAACAACACUUUCCAUGGAGAUUUGCCUCAAGAAUUGGCUCGUUUGCAGAGGUUGAAAUUCUUUAAUACUAAAAACAAUAACUUCACCGGAGCCAUUCCAUCAUUUUUAAGUUUGUUACCAAACCUACGCUUUCUGUACCUAUCGAAUAACCAAUUUUCGGGGAAAAUUCCAUCCUCCCUUUCCAAUCUGACAAAACUGCAAGUGUUGUCAAUACAGAGUAAUUUUCUGGAAGGAGAGAUCCCUCGAGAACUUGGUGAUCUUCGUUACUUGUUUUUCCUAAACCUGCAAUAUAAUCAGCUUACUGGCUCUAUACCACCAUCAAUAUUUAACAUUACUACAAUGCGAUUCAUUGCUCUUACGGACAAUAAUCUUACUGGAAAGCUUCCAAAAACGAUAUGUGAUCAUAUUCCAGACUUGGAAGGACUUCACCUCGGUAGAAACUCCCUAGAUGGAGUUAUUCCACCAAACCUGGAGAAAUGCAGAAAGCUUCAAAUAUUGGAAUUGUCUGAAAAUGAGUUUGCUGGAACUGUACCAAGAGAGCUAGCCAACUUAACAACUCUUACAGGAUUAUUUCUUAUGGAUCUGCAUUUGGAAGGAGAGAUACCAAUGGAGCUCGCUAAUCUUAAUAAACUUCAAGUAUUGGUAUUAUCACAGAAUGAGCUUACUGGCUCUGUCCCUUGCAGCAUUUCCAACAUGUCAACUCUGCAGAGUCUAGAUUUUUCAAUAAACAAGCUUUCAGGUACUCUACCUUCAGAUUUAGGUCAUCGAAUGCCCAACUUACAAGAAUUCUUUUGUGGAGAAAAUAAUCUGAGUGGUUAUAUCUCUGAUUCAAUCACAAAUUCUUCGAGACUCACAAUGUUAGACCUCUCCAGCAACAGUUUCACAGGUCCCAUUCCUAAAUCACUUGGUAACUUACAAUACCUUCAGAUUCUUAACUUGCAGAGUAAUAAUUUUAUCAGCGAUUCAUCGUUGAGUUUCCUUACAUCAUUAACAAACUGUAGAAAACUAAGAGUACUCCUGUUUAGUGAGAAUGCAUUGGAUGGGGCUUUAUCAGUGUCUGUUGGUAAUUUCUCAAACUCUCUGCAAAAUUUUGAAGGAAAUGGUUGUAAGCUAAAGGGCAUCAUUCCUACAGAAAUUGGUAAUCUUACUGGUGUGAUAUAUAUGAGUUUGUAUGACAAUAAGUUGACUGGACAUAUUCCAAAUACUGUUCAAGACAUGUUGAACCUACAAGAAUUUUACCUAACAAGCAACAAGAUAGAAGGAACCAUACCAAAUGCUUUAUGCAGUUUAAUGAAUCUUGGCGCAUUAGACUUGUCAGGAAAUCAUUUUUCUGGUUCAGUGCCCUCAUGCUUAGGGAAUGUUACGAGUUUGAGGUAUCUUAAUCUAGCUUACAACAGGCUGAAUUCAAGAUUACCUGCAAACUUAGGGAGCCUUCAAGAUCUCAUAACAUUCAAUAUUUCAUCCAAUUUAUUGAGUGGGGAAAUUCCGCUAGAGAGCGGAAACUUGAAGGCUGCAACACUGAUUGAUCUGUCAAAUAAUUAUUUUUCUGGUAAGAUUCCUAGUACUCUAGGGGGCCUAGAUAAAUUUGUUGAAUGCCUUGAAUUGGGCCCUUAAUUAUCUGUCAAUUCUGUAUUUUGGGCCCAAGCCUGUUAGGGCGUAGCUUAGCACUAUAUAUAGACGCUAUGGCAAACCCUAUUCUGUAAUUCUAUUCUUGCCUCUCCAUAAUAAAACUGCUCCCCCUCAUCCCGUGGACGUAGUCAAUUUAUUGGUAAACCACGUAAAUCUGUUGUCUUGUUUUUCGCGUUUAUAUUUUUUCGUAUUAUAUCAAAUUCCGC